ACGUCACUUCCGUCAACAUCACUUAGUUGCACGGGGAACUUUACAAGAUGGCAGCCACUUUCUUGGGGGUCCUGCUGUUGCUCCAGUUGGGGUUUGGACGAAGCUCUAAACACCUGCAUGAAGAUCAUUAUAUUGGCCAGCAGCACAACCCUGACCAUGACAUGAGUGUGCUGCUAGGAGAGGAGAGCACCGAAGAGGUGAGGCGCCUGAGCCACGCAGAUCAGAGGAAAAAGAUGAUGGAAAUUGUAAAAAGGAUUGAUACGAAUGGUGACAAGCUACUCAGUGCAGAGGAGCUCACUCUCUGGAUUCAGCACGUCUACAGAAAAUAUGCUCUGGAUGAUGCAGAGGAGCGGUUCCCUGAGUUUGACAUCAACGGGGACGGUGUGGUGACGUGGGAGGAAUACAACACGGUCGCUCACGGCCAGCUCAUCAGUUUUGAUGAAAAUGCUGUCCUGAAUGAUCCCGAGCAAGAGUCUCUCAGACACCUCCACCUGAAGGAGAGAAGACCGUUCGAUUACGCUGAUGUGGACGGCAAGCCGGGUCUGAAUGUAACUGAGUUUCUUGCCUUCACACAUCCUUCUGAAGUGGAUCACAUGGCUGAUUUUGCUAUUGAAGAUGUUCUCAGUGAAUAUGACUCAGACAAAGAUGGUUUCAUCACUCUGAGUGAAUUUAUUGGAGAUGUCCGUGGUGAAGAUGAUUCCCCUUCUCAGUGGGAGAUUGAAGAAACGGUGCGGUUCAAAGAGCUCUACGAUCAGGAUAAGGAUGGCAAACUGAACAGAGACGAGCAGCUCCGUUGGGUUGCACCGAAUAGCUAUGGUUCAGCAAGAGAAGAAGCUCUUCACCUCAUCAAGGAAAUGGACCUCGAUGGAGACGGGCAGAUCUCCGAGGCUGAAGUUUUGAAGAAUCAGGAAACAUUUAUGAACAGUGAAGUGACAGAUUAUGGCAGGCAGCUUCACACAUCACACGAUGAAUUAUAACUACUUGGUUUUCUACAGUGCUCAGUUUUU